AUGAAUGAGAAAAAACUAGCAGCAUGUUUCAUGUUACUGGAGUAUGCGACUAUCGGCGUUGUACUAACCGUAGGAAGCAGGCUACUAGACGGGAUGAGUUCCCGUUGCUUCGGCUUUCGCUUCCUAGGCGUAACACUCGUGGUCAUUGGUGUAACACUCUUAAUCAUGGUCUACAUUGCUUGUGCAACCAUAGAUCUUGCACCGGGUUUAGCUUUGGCAAAGUCGUUAUGUUGUUCGGUACCUUUGUUGGUUGUGUUGGUCACUUUAGGGAUCUUCGCGUUGAAGGUUAGCAGUAAAGGAGGCGGAAAGUCGUUGCCGGGGCGGUCUUAUGAUGAGUAUCAUGUAGAGUCGUACUCAAAAUGGAUGUAUAACAAGGUUAAUGAUACUUAUAAUUGGGAAAGGUAUUAUAAGAAGGUGCUUGUUAAGCAUCAUGUUUGCAAAAAGUUUGACACCCUUGAUGAGUUUCACAAAAGAAAGUUGUCUCAUUUUGAGGCUUGUUGUUGCAAGCCCCCAGAAGAUUGUAAUUUCAAUUACACAAGCCCGACCAUUUGGGUAAAGCAAGAGAAUGGAAACUACACCAACAAUGACUGUAAUAGAUGGGAUAAUGUCCCAACGACUCUAUGUUUCAAUUGCCAAUCAUGCAAGGCUGCCUUUCUUCAAGAUCUAAAGAGUAAUUGGUUUCAAGCGGGUGUAAUUUUAGUUUUGUUAGCGGCUAAACAACUCUUGCUUGUUACUUGUUUUCUUUGUAAAUUAUGCCAUGAUAAAUGA